UGAGGGCCCGGAAGUGGGUCGCGCGAAGAUUGCUGGGCGGUUCUUGCCGGAAGUGGAGAGCGGCUGAUCGCAGUCCCGAGGGUGAUGACUUAGAAGAACAACCGUGGGACAAAGUAGAAAACAUUUUAAGCACAGCAACUUCCUAUUCAAGUAGAAAUUCAUCCUACUGGCUUAAUCACCAGAAUGAAAAGCUUCUGGAAGGUACGGACCAUGUGUCUUCCAUCUCUUCAGUAGCCGUCACAAUGGUGGUAGAUUAUGGCUGACAUGCAAAAUCUGGUAGAAAGACUGGAGAGGGCAGUGGGCCGCCUGGAGGCAGUAUCCCAUACCUCUGACAUGUACCGUGGGUAUGGAGACAGUCCUUCAAAAGCAGGAGCAGCCCCAUAUGUGCAAGCAUUUGACUCACUGCUUGCCAGUCCUGUGGCAGAAUACUUGAAGAUCAGUAAAGAGAUUGGGGGAGACGUUCAGAAACAUGCAGAGAUGGUCCACACGGGUCUGAAGUUGGAGCGAGCUCUCUUGGUUACAGCUUCUCAGUGCCAGCAGCCAGCAGGCAAUAAGCUUUCUGAUUUAUUGGCACCCAUCUCAGAGCAGAUCCAAGAAGUGAUAACCUUUCGGGAGAAGAACCGAGGCAGCAAGUUGUUCAAUCACCUGUCAGCUGUCAGCGAAAGUAUCCAGGCCCUGGGUUGGGUGGCUAUGGCUCCCAAGCCUGGCCCCUAUGUGAAAGAAAUGAAUGAUGCUGCCAUGUUUUAUACAAACCGAGUCCUUAAGGAGUACAAAGAUGUGGAUAAGAAGCAUGUGGACUGGGUCAAAGCUUACUUGAGUAUAUGGACAGAGCUGCAGGCUUACAUUAAGGAGUUCCAUACCACCGGACUGGCCUGGAGCAAAACGGGGCCUUUGGCAAAAGAACUGAGUGGAUUGCCAUCUGGACCCUCUGCUGGAUCGGGUCCUCCUCCCCCACCACCAGGCCCACCUCCCCCGCCAGUCCCCACCAGCUCAGGCUCUGAUGAGUCUGCCUCCCGCUCAGCACUAUUUGCACAGAUUAAUCAGGGGGAGAGCAUCACACAUGCCCUGAAACAUGUAUCUGAUGACAUGAAGACUCAUAAGAACCCUGCCCUGAAGUCUCAGAGCGGUCCAGUACGAAGUGGCCCCAAACCGUUCUCUGCACCUAAACCCCAAACCAACCCAUCCCCCAAACCAGCCACAAAGAAGGAGCCAGCUCUACUUGAACUGGAGGGCAAGAAGUGGAGAGUGGAAAAUCAGGAGAAUGUUUCCAACCUGGUAAUUGAUGACACAGAGCUGAAGCAGGUGGCUUACAUAUACAAGUGUGUCAACACAACAUUGCAAAUCAAGGGCAAAAUUAACUCCAUUACAGUAGACAACUGUAAGAAACUUGGUCUCGUAUUCGAUGACGUGGUGGGCAUUGUGGAGAUAAUCAAUAGCAGGGAUGUCAAAGUUCAGGUAAUGGGUAAAGUGCCAACCAUUUCCAUCAACAAAACAGAUGGCUGCCAUGUUUACCUGAGCAAGAAUUCUCUGGAUUGUGAGAUAGUCAGUGCCAAAUCUUCUGAGAUGAAUGUCCUCAUUCCUACAGAAGGCGGUGACUUUAAUGAGUUCCCAGUCCCUGAGCAGUUCAAGACCUUAUGGAAUGGGCAGAAGUUGGUCACCACAGUGACAGAAAUUGCUGGAUAAGCGAAGUGCCACUGGGUUCUUUGCCCUCUCCCUUCACACCAUGGGAUAAAUCUGUAUCAAGACGGUUUUUUUCUAGAUUUCCUCUACCUUUCUGCUCUUAAAUUGCUUCUCUACUCUGAGAAGCACAGCUACCUGCCUUCACUGAAAUAUACCUCAGGCUGAGAUUUGGGGUGGGAUAGCAGGUCACUUGAUCUUCUGCAGGAAGGUUCAGUCUUUCCAUAUCAGCUCAACUACACCACCAGUCCAUUCUUAAGGACUGGUGCAUUUUAGCUUUCAGCUUUUGGGGGUUAUUCUACCAACAGUCCUUUGGGAAGAAUAAAACAGUCCUGGGAAUUAACAGAUCA